AUGGACAACCCCUCUCCAGGUCUCAACUCAACGGCACCGGCCCCCCCUGCGCUGCCUUCUCUUGGCAGUACGUUUGGGGCGGUCCUUCUUGGAGUGUUCUUCUCCCUCAUUUUAUAUGGCGGUAUUUUACACCAGGCAUAUCGCUAUUACCGGACGUAUACUAGUGAGCGGCUUGGUUUGAAAACCCUUGUAUCUGCAACUGUCCUCCUUGAGACGGGCCAUACGGCCAUAUCUAUGUACAUCUGCUACCGCGCUCUCGUUACCGAUUACGCCAAUCCUGCAAGCCUUUCGAACGUCACCAGGAGUGUUGAUAUCCUACCAGCACUGUCGGGGCUCAUCGUAGCUUUGACCCAAUCGUUCUUCCUUCGACGAGCCUAUCUCUUUGGAAAGCAGUAUCGCCCAUGGGCCCUCCUUGUGCUCUUUCCACUGGUCCUCGGAUUCGGGUUUUCGAUAGUUGAUGGGUUCGCAUGGUUCUCAACAUGCGAUGUAAACGACUUCCUCACCCACGCUGGGCGUGUCGACGGACUGGACGUUGACCAUCAUCCUGAUACUUGCUCUGCGUCGGAGCAGAAGUGGCAUCAAAAGAACCGACUCCAUGCUGGACACGCUGAUCCUGUACACAGUCACGACGGGCCUACUUACAAGCGCGUGCAUGCUGCUGGUUUUCGUAUUUUAGCCACCCCACACAACUUGAUAUACAUCGCGUUCUCUUUCCUGCUCACCAAGCUGUAUACAAACUCGUUCCUCGCAGCAUUGAACACCCGGCAAUCCCUCCGGUCGGACUCGACCGUGCAAAAUUUUGGGACCGACGUCUUUGGGAGCGGGCUGGCAAUGGAGCUCCGCAGUGGGCCGAGCAAAGCGUCGCGCCAGGAGUCGAACGCAGUGGCGUUGGAGCUCACCGAGCGACCUGCGUCGCGCCAAUUCGGGAAGAUUUCUGUUCAUACUACGACGACAUACGAGUCUGGCGUAAUGUGA